AUGUUUCCAAUGACCCAAAAAACAAAAGUAAACAAAAAUACACUAGUCCCUUAUAUUAUCUUGCCUGUUUAUCGUUUAUUUUCAACAAGCGCUGUUUCUUUUGCAGAUACAGACGUUUUACGCACUUUACAACCUCCUCGUGUAAGGACAAUAUGGAAUAUGUUGAUGCAUAAAACCAAGGGUCAACGAGGUGUCACCGAUCGCUGGGAACAAAUUCGUGAUGUCUACAGUACUAUGGCUCCUGAAGAGGUUCAAAAGUUUAAACAAGAAUUUGAAAGAGAGUACGCUGCUAAAAAGAAGGCUUUUGACGACCAACUCCGCCAGUUCUCUCUUGCCCAAAUCCGUGAGGAAAACCGUCGCCGUAUGAAAGAGCUGAAGCCUUUGGGUGUCAAUUUGCAAAAGCUUCGUCAUCCUGAUCUUCCUAAGCGCCCUGCUGGUGCUUUCAACCUCUUCCUAUUGGAUAUUAUGAAAAACGAAUCACUCCGUAAUGAAAUGGGUGUCCCUGCCCUUAGUCCUUACUUGACCGAGAACAGCCGCAUGGUUAGUGAAGCUUGGAGAAAACUUUCUGAUCAAAAGAAACAACAAUACGUCGAUAAAGCCAAGGAAAGCCUCAAAGAAUAUCAUGAAGCUUUAAAGGCUACUGGUAUUCGCAUCAAGUAA